AUGGAAGAGGGGAACUGCAGCACUGUGACCGAGUUCAUACUCCUACUGACCGAGUCCUCGAAGCUUCAGCUCCUCUUCUUUGUCAUCUUCCUGGCUGUGUAUGGUGCAACGGUGCUGGGCAAUCUCCUCAUCGUGGUACUGGUGGCCUGUAAGCUGCAGCUCCACACCCUCCUGUAUGUGCUUUUGGGGAACCUCUCCUUCCUGGAUUUCUGCUACUCCUCUGUCACCGCCCCCAAUUUACUGGCAGGGUUCCUCCUUCAGGCUCAGGCCAUCUCCUAUGGGGGCUGCGUGGCCCAGAUCUUCUUCUUCCACUUCAUCAGGGGCAUCAAGAUCUUCCUGCUCACCAUCAUGGUCUAUGAUUGGUAUUGCCAUCUUCCAUUUGCUGUGCUAUGUAUGAACCAGGCUGUGUGUGUGGUGCUGGUGGGGGCCUCCUGGGUCGGCGGCUUGAUCCACUCCAUCGUCCAGGUCUCCAUCAUUGUCCAGCUGCCCUGCUGCAGCCCUCAUGAGCUGGGCAACUUCUACUGUGAUGUGCCCCAGGUAGUCAAGCUGGCCUGCGCCAACACCUUUGCUGUGGAACUGCUGAUGGUGUCCAAAAGUGGCCUGAUGACCCACCUGGGCUUCCUGGUGCUGUUUGUUUCCUACUCCAUCCUCCUGGACAAGCUGAGCACACGCUCCAGUGACGGGCAGGCUAAGGCUCUCUCCACCUGCAUCUCCCACCUCACCACGGUGACUCUGUUCUUUGGGCCUUGCGUAUAUAUCUAUGCCCGGUCCUUCUGCUCCUUCCCUAUGGAUAACCCCAUUUCUGUUCUCUACACGGUUGUCACUGUCAUCUACACCCUGAGGAACACGGACGUGCAGCUGGCCGUGAGGAAACUCAGGAAGUUACAUUUGUGA